GCCCCACUCCCUGCCUGUUCCCUCCUGAGCUGGGGCCCCCAGGGUCUCUCUCUCUCUCUCUUUCUCUCAGUACCUGACCGCGCCCGGGCGGGUUGGGCUGGGCUACCCCGCCCCCCUAAUCACACUACGGGGUGGGCGGGAGAGCUGGGAAAGUGACUCCCUCGGCUGGUUUUUCCCCUCCCCUUUUUUCUACUUUUUUUCCUAGCUGCUCCUCUGCUAAAGCGGCAGGGGCCGCUGUGCGAAGAUCAGCUGAACAACUCCCUUAAAUCCAGUGGUGUGCGCUCCGCUGCGCUUCCCUCCUGCUCUGUCUCGGUUCCCAAGACUCACGCUCGGCCAGGCGUCUUUCCCUUUGCGCGCCGCUCCGCUCCACCCUGCUCCAGCCCAAUCCAUCCUAAGGUCCAGUAACUUUUAUGGGAAAUGGUCUUCAGUGAUCUUACAUCGAGGACUGUGCACCUUUAUGAUGAAUGGAUCAAAGAUGCUGAUCCCAGAGUGGGAGACUGGCCACUCAUGUCUUCUCCUCUGCCACAAGCCAUUAUCCUUGGGCUCUAUGUCUACUUUGUCACUUCUCUGGGUCCAAAGCUUAUGGAAAACCGCAAGCCCUUUGACCUCAAGAAAAUGAUGAUUACAUACAACUUUUUAAUAGUGCUCUUUUCUUUAUAUAUGUGUUAUGAGUUCAUAAUGUCUGGCUGGGGUGUAGGCUAUUCAUACCGAUGUGACAUUGUUGACUAUUCCAGAUCACCUAUAGCCCUAAGGAUGGCAUGGACCUGCUGGCUUUAUUACUUCUCCAAGUUCAUUGAGCUAUUAGAUACUAUCUUUUUUGUUCUGCGUAAGAAAAAUAGCCAAGUUACUUUCCUGCAUGUCUUCCAUCACACCAUCAUGCCAUGGACCUGGUGGUUUGGAGUCAAAUUUGCUGCAGGUGGUUUGGGAACAUUCCAUGCCUUAUUGAAUACAGCUGUCCAUGUAGUCAUGUACACCUACUAUGGAUUGUGUGCACUGGGACCAGCCUACCAGAAAUAUUUGUGGUGGAAAAAAUAUUUGACAACACUACAGCUUGUUCAAUUUAUAAUGGUGACAGUCCAUAUUGGACAGUCUUUCCUUGUGAAGGAUUGCAAAUACCAGUUUCCAAUCUUCCAGUACAUCAUUAUGUGCUAUGGGUGUAUCUUCCUGAUUUUGUUUGCCCAUUUUUGGUAUCGUGCUUACACUAAGGGCAAAGGCUGCCCAAAACUGUGAAAAAUGGAGUCUGCAAAAGCAAGAAUAAUUGAAAUCUCAUGUUGUUGACACAGAUACUUCAGACUGUUAUCCUAUAUUCCUAGACAAUCAGAACAUAUUUAGAUGUGCAGUACAUUUUGUAUAUUUUUCUUCAAAACCAAGAGCUUGUAUUUUUAUGAUAAGUUAUUUGGGUUUCUGAUAUUUGAGAGGGAGGGUUAUAUGCAGAUUAGAAAUGAAUCUUCAGGGGCAGCUAGGUGGCACAGUGGAUAGACACCAGCCCUGAAGUUAGGAGGACCUGAGUUCAAAUAUGGCCUCAGACACUUAACACUUCCUAGCUGUGUGACCCUGGGCAAGUCAUUCAACCCUAAUUGCCUAAGCAAAAAAAAAAAAAAAAAAAAAGAAAGAAAGAAAGAAAAAAUAAAAAUAAAUGAAUCUUCAGGGUUGUUUUUGUUUUUUUAUUUUUUUUGCAUUUUCCAUUGCUAUACAGAAUCUAAAGGUCUUGCUCGAUACAUUACAAUGUAUCAAUCAUUACAAUGAUACAAGGCAGUUAAGAUAUAAUACUCUUCAAAGAAGUUCAACAUGCAUGAAAAAUAUCUCAUAUUUUGAGCACUGAAAAGAGGUGAAACUAGUAGCUUAAAUAUUGUUGAAGGUUUAUUUUAACUCCAGUUAAAAUCUUCAUCACUUCACUUCAGUGGUGAAGAUAAGCAACUUUUUUGGAGUCUGUCAUGUUAAAUAUAAUUUAGAGGUAAUUUGUAAUCAGUGGGACUUUUAGAUAGCAGUUGUAGUUUCUACUGGCAAACUUUCCUACUAGAACAAUAAGAAAAAGUUUAUAGGAACUGAUAGGCUAAUUAAAAACAACUCAUUACAGUUAUUUUAUCCCUGGGUAGAGGUGAAUUUGUCAAGAAAAAAAAUUAAUUUGAAGUUCAGCUUUGAUCCUCCUUUUGAGUAUUUUUAUUGAAUCUUUUGUGCUUUAGCAUGUCUCAGCUAAUACUCCUUAUCUUUUCACAAAUAUGACCUAUAGCUUAAAAGAAAUUACCUUUUGUUAUUGGGCUAACAGAUUUGGUGCUCACAGUGAUUUUAGGCUGCCGUCAUAUCCACUAUUCAGAUAUCUUUUAGAGAUAGCUUUUGAAGCAAAUGAAUGCAAAUAAAAGGGAAGGUGUUUAAAAGUAAGUAUACCUGUUUAUGUAUUGUUUUUUUUUUUAAAUUAAAGCAAUCAGAGAAAAAUGAUUAUGGAAUCAUUCAAAUGCUUGUACCACAGAAUAAUUAAUUGUCCCUCUCAAAAAAAAAAAAAAGUAUCCUCUUUAGAGGAUAGUUUUUGUGGCUUUUAGCUUUAAUCUUCUUUGAGAUUUCUAUAGUGUUAUGGCACUUUAAAAAAAAAAGUUUUGAAGAGUUGACAUUCACCUUGAAUGUUAUCUGUCUCUUUAAAAGGUCCCCUUUCACUUACAUGAGUUGAUACAAAGUGAAAUGUAUGAUCCAAGAUAACUCUGAAGGACUUAUGAUGAAAAAUACUAUCCAUCCUCAAAGAAAGAACUGAUGGUGUCUGAAUACAUAUGGAAACAUAAUGUUUUAACUUUAUUUUUCUUUAGGUUUGGUUUUUUGUUUUUUGGUCUAUUUUCUUUCACAACAUGACUAAUGUGAAAUGUUGUGCAUGACUACAUAAGUCUAACCUAUAUCGAAUUAUUUGCAUUUUCAAUGUGGAAGUUGGGUGAGGAAGAGAAAGAAGAAAAAAGAGAAUUUGGAAUUCACAGUUUUAAAAAUAAAUGUUAAAAAUUAUUUUUACCUAUAACUGGACAAAAAUAAAACACGAAAUAAUUUUUUAAAAGGUUCCCUUUCUAAAAAUGCUAAUUUUUGCAAAUUCAAGAUAAUGUUAGAUAAUCAGAAUUCAUUUUUAAACCAUAGAUAUACUUGGGUCAAGAAUGAGUUGAAAUCAGAAAAUUCUGAAUUUUUCUAGACUUAACACUAAACUUUGAAUAAUAAUUUUAGAUGUCAAACUGAUUUUGGCCACUAAAUAGAUAUGCUACCUAUCUAAUAUUUGACCUACAAUCUAGUGGAUUGUGUCAGACUAACUAGAUUGUAUUUUUUCUGCAUAUCUGUUACUCCAUGACUUAAAGUCCAUUCUUUGCUAUGGCCUUAUGCCUUUAUUCUUGCCAAAUUCUCAAUUUCCUUUGUUUCAAAAUUAUGUACAAGAAUAUGAUUCACUUACCAUACAAAAUUUAGAGGGUAUGGAUAUGACAGAUUAAGAAGAAAGAAGAGCUUACCUUGAGGAGCAUAGGAAAAAAUAUAGGGAUCAAAGAACCAAUCCCUCUCCAGUCAUCUCAAUAUCAAUGGUAUACCACAGCAAGUCUUAUAGAAUGCUAUGUACCUGAGUGUUAUAUAACUAUUUUUUUCAGUUAGAUGGAGGUUGGUAGUAAAUUAUAAUAAUAGAAUGCUGUGGUCUUCGCUCUCAGAGAUCCUAAAGUUCUAAAUUGUGAAAAGCAAAGAUCUUAAGGAAGACAAAAGUGAAAGAGAAAAGAAAAUAUUGCUUUUCUCAGAUCUUGUCUCCAGUAACUAACUACUUUCUCUUCAAUUUGCCUGCUUUGUUUUCUCUAUAAGAUAUUUAUAAGCAUGUACCUUUGGUUGAGAAGAAGAAAGGAAACAGUUUUUACUCUGAUUAGAAACAGAUUCAAAAUCAAAUGAAGAGGAAAUUGGGAAAUAGAGAUUUUCAAAUAUCGAAAAAAUCAUAGAUUACAUCUUCCAUUAAACAAGAGGAUCACUAAUUCACUAUGAAUAUUGCUAGAUGAGAAACUAGUCAAGACUUAGACUGGUAAGGAUAGGCUCCAAAUCUCUUGAAUGAUAUAAAGAUGUUCUAUCUAGUAGGAUGUCUGACUUUUCAGUAUUUCAUUAUGUUUGGUUUUAAACAAACUUAUUUGUGAGUUUGUCAGCUACAAGGUUUUACUUAGAAUUUGUGAAUCCUGGAAGGGACUAAAUGUAUAAUGGAUUUCUAAAUGCACAAAUUACUAAAUAUUAUGGAACUUUAUUUAUCAUUUUAUGGUUUUGUUGUAUUUUAAUUCAAUGGAUUAUAUUAUUUGCUUCAGGAAAUUCUAUUUCUUCCCUCAUACUUUGUUUCCAUUGACUCUUUCAAGAUUGUAAAAUACUCUAUGAAUAAUAUAAGCAUAAAAUUUGGAACUCUGUAUAUUGUAAUAAAUUUGAGAUAUUAUAUCA